CUUCCCACCCCUUUCCCCGAGCAGAGAUGAUGAAGCUCAAGUCCAACCAGACUCGAACCUACGACGGGGACGGAUACAAGAAACGGGCGGCUUGCCUCUGCUUCCGCAACGAGAGCGAGGAGGAGGUGCUGUUAGUUAGCAGUAGUCGUCAUCCUGACAGAUGGAUUGUCCCUGGAGGUGGAAUGGAGCCUGAAGAGGAGCCUAGUGUGGCUGCUGUGCGAGAAGUUUGUGAAGAGGCUGGAGUGAAAGGGACAUUAGGAAGAUUAGUAGGAAUUUUUGAGAACCAAGACAGGAAACACAGAACAUAUGUUUACGUACUUAUUGUCACAGAAGUAUUGGAAGAUUGGGAGGAUUCUGUGAAUAUUGGAAGGAAAAGGGAAUGGUUUAAGAUUGAUGAUGCCAUAAAAGUUCUGCAGUAUCACAAACCUGUACAGGCUUCAUACUUUGAAACCUUAAGGCAAGGCUAUUUGGCUAAUAACGGCACUCCUGUUGUGACCACAUCAUUCUCAAAGGAGAGCACGCUAUCUGACAUCAGAUGACUGAAGAUAAUCCUAUAAGAGAAGUUUGAAAAAUAGACUGGAUUUCCUUUCUUCCCCUCUUCUCGCCGCUUUCACAUGUGUCCUUUGAUAAACAAGACAUGUGCAGCAGCCUUUGGCAGAGCAGAUGUUUGAGUGUUGCAUUAUAGUGCAAAGUGGGUGGUUUGGGGUUUUUUGUUUUUUGCUUUUUCUUGGAUAUGUAUUUUGUAAUACACAUUUUGUGCAUGAAAUGCCCCUUCCCUAUUAACAAAAUUUUGACAAUGUGAACAGCAAGGCUAUUAGUUUCAUCUAUGCCUUGUCUUCUGAAAUGUUCUUGUAUAUAUUAUUCCAGCCAUAGCCAAAUCUCUUAUCUUUUCAGUAAAAAAGGCUACAAAUGUGAGAUCAAUUCUUUAUGUCUUAGAUUUUGUACAGUAAGGUACUGUUGAGGUCUGUGUGGUGGCCACUUGCUCCACAUCUGCAUGUAACAUUUUUUAGAGGGAGAAAUCUAACACUGAUUUUGCAAGAUUUUUUUUUUUUAAAAAAACAAGCUGCUUCUAUAAAAGAGGGCUUCAUAAUCUUGUUUGCCUUGUUCUUUAAAGAAAUUUCUUUAUGACAGUGCUAGUGGCUGGGCCAGUUUCAUUCCCUGCAUCCUAUUCCCUGACCCAAACUUAAUACAAUGAGACUUGAAGGAGACUUGUAAAGCAUCCCUGGUGCUCAAUUCUUUCUACAGUUUCAACCAGUAUGUCAUGUAACAAUGGACAGAACCACAAAGAAUUGGUCACCAUUCAUUCAAAAGCAUAUGGCCUCAGAAGCUUAAUGAAUUCCAACUUCAGUAAAUAGGAAUCAGGGAUUCAAAAUGAGUUUUCAAAUGUGAACUGGAACAUCGAGCACUAAUGCUUUUUAAUUGUGUGAAAUUAUUUCUCUUCCUGUUGCAUACUGCUGGUGUCUUUUUGUUUUCUUUUGUCCAUAUGCCUUACAUCUUACUGAACUGGAUAUUGUAAUUUGUGCUAAAGCAUUGGAUUGUACUUUGAGUGUCACCUCAUGGUGGGACAGUCACUUUAUGUCCCUGAAAAGAAUUCCCAGGGAAAAAUUUCAAGUGUCCAGUCUCCUUUGUCUGUAAUAUUGUAUCACGGAGCACACUCAAAAUUGUAGACUUAAUUUCUUAAGCGGCAAAGGUACAGCUAGUUCCCAAGUAAAAUUGUUUGUAUGGAGAUCUAUGUCAUUUAAUAGGAUAGUUAACCUGAUGCAUUGGCACACAUCACAUUUUUGUUUCUGUUGAUGUUUCAUACUGUCUUGAUUUGCCAACAGUGUUGUCUCGUUUUUGGAAAGGGCUGUGGGAGGGGGUGGAUCUGGGUAGAUUUGGGGAGGGGCAUUAGUUCAUCCCUGGCUUGAGACAGGACCUAGUUGCUAUAUUUGGUGACUACUUCUUUGUCACAGUAUAGCCAAGAUGUGAAAUUAAACCUGCAGUACUCCAAUUUAGUAGAUAAUUCUCUCUUCCCCAUAAAUGUUUAAAAACAUAAAAAAAUACCCUGAAAUAGUCCCACAACCUGAUGAAAAGUAAAUUAGUAUACUUUUUUCAAUGGACAGUUGCUAUAGAAGCUGAGUACCAAUAAUAUUUCUUAUUUCUUAAUUCCCUACUUUCUGUUAAUAGGAUAGCAUUCCUUAAUAUGGGAUCACUGAAGCCAAAAGCAAUACACAGAAAAUGCUGAAAGGCACUGUUGAAAAAAAGUGGCUUAAACUUUAUCUGGAACAGAUGAAAAAUUAUGUUAUGCCACUUUACUGCCCUUCAUUUUAACAAAUAAUAAAAUUUAGCUGAAUGAGCUUGGCUAAUGUCUUGAAGCAUACAAUAAUAAUUUAUCUUACUAAGUAUAUGUGUGACACUUUCCGGGAUAGCAAACUGUUGCCUUUAGCUAAAGGCUUCGUGUCUCAUUGAACUGAUUAGGACACAGAUAGCUGUUUGAAAGAGAACUGAAACUCCUGAUGGAGUGACUGCAGUUUUAAUAUCUAUAGCAUGCACACUUUUUUAAACUUCUAAAAUGUUUUUAUAGGGCUGUUAAACUGACACUUUAGGAUAGAAUAUUGUUAAUGAUAUUCUAACAGUGAUUUCUUGUUUGUUUGGGUCAGGAAAAAUAAAUUGUGCCAAGAAAGUAGUUUAAUGUGGGAUGAAUUGAUGCUGUUUAUACAACUGCACUGAAUUGUUGAUGUUUGCUUCUGAACUGGAAAUCGAAGAUGUGUCUCCUGGGAUAUAAACUGUCUGGAUUAUUGGUAAACUUCCUCCUGUUUACUAAAGCUCACUAUUUCACCUCCUUUUAAUGCACUAUAUCCAUAGCUUUCCCAGUAUCUCAGGGUACUCUGUAAUAAAUGAGCCAAGAAACUGUAGUAAUACAAUGAAACUUAUUCACAACAUUUCUAAUUACACUGGAACUUCCUACAUUGCCAGAACAUGCAUCAAAUGUGGUAUAAGGAAGAGAAUUUCAAAUACAGUUCAUUCUAAGUAGGCAAGCUGGUCGCCAUAUUGGACUUUAAACAUCUUAAAUCUUCAGAUAAUUUGGGCUUUAUUCUGGACUUGUUGAUUAAAAUGCAGAAUGUUUUGGUCUUUACUUACAGAAUUCUUUACAUAGUGAAAUCAAGUAAAAAUCAUGUGAUAAGGGAUUCUUUACCUAUAAAAUGGUUUAGUAAUUAUGUCUGGCCAUCAGACAUUCUGGAGAUUAGAUACGUUCUCCAAAAAGGGUGUAUUGCUUAGCUGCAGAUUUUAUUUUUGUAUGUAAAUUUCUGGUCCUUCACAGUUUCAGAAGAGAUUCAGUAUUCGCAAGAAUUUGUUGAACUUGCAUGCUUCUUAUUUAGACAAGUGUUGGAACAGUACAAGCAGUAUUCUGGAUUUGUAGUUAUACAGCGACCAGUAACUUGUUACAAGUUCAAAUGUGGUACCAGUGUUCUCAUCAAGUCUAGAUGGGCUUUUGCAUUAUAUAUACUAUACAUCAGCCCUUCUUAAUAGGGCGGUACAGUGGUCUAGACAUCGUUUGGAAAAGGCACUUUGGGGCAUGAAUGUAGCAUCUGACUGCAAGUUUUUAAAGCAGCUGCAUCUUUUCCUUAGGAUCACAUGGCUGUCCACUAGAGCUGGAUCCUGGGAAAAAACAUGGCUACUUUAAAAAGUUGCAGGCAGUUGCUAUGUUCCUGUCCCUGUGUACUCAAGCAUUUUUUUAAGAAUGAAAUCCAGAGCAUUGUACAGCCCUACUUUCUAACUCAGGGUUGACAGUGCUACUUAACAUUGUUUUUGGCAGUGAAUUUGCACAUAACCUCUAGCUAAACCUAAGUUAAUCUGAAGCAGUAGCAUUAUGAGUGAAAAUGCACAACUUCUGUUAUAUUUUCCAGGAUGGUUUUUCUUAUAUCAGGAAGACAAAACCAGGUUCGGGCUGUCUGCAGUCAUAUCUAACAACCCAUGCAUAAAAUACUGUAGUAAUUUUCUAAUAACAUCCCUUCUCUGUUUUGAUGUAGAUUAGAAAGUGUGGGAUAUAGCAGGUAGAAUAUGCAGGAGUACUUUGAUAUGUAUAUUACUCUUUUUGGUUUAACCUUGAAUCAGUUCCCAUUAAAGUGUCUGAAAAUGGAGUAGGAGGAUCAACUCUGGAGUUUAGCCUAAAAGUGUUGCAAUUAUUUUAAUAGCAGUUUAACUUUUCUUCCACUCAAAAUAUUAUAUUUGUUAACCAUAUUCUUAUUAUUUGUUCCUCCCUCUCCAGUCGCCUCCUUUUUUUCAACAAGCUUAUUUUGUUUAUUUGUUUUUAAAUCUGCCAAUAAAAAACAAAGUGCCAUAUUAUCCUAGUUAGUGGUUAUGUAGGAAUAUGCAAAUAGAUAUGUUAGCUAUCCAGUUUGCAUAUGUAAACUUGUUCAAUUUAUUUUGGAGGCAGUUGAAUUUGGUUUACAUGAUUCGCAUAAAUGCCAACAUUUCUCCACCCCUCUUUGUUUUGCUGAUGUGAUAGGCAGCAACAGUAUGCUAUGAAAUGGAUAAAUGGAUGGAUCUCUUUUCUUCCCCAUUCAGGUUUGUAGUAGAUUCUUAAACAUGUAGCUCGGAGGAUGGGGAAGGAGACCUUCCAUGCCUUCUUUCUUUCUGUAGCUUGCUACCUCCAAGUAUACACCAUAAGAAGUAUUGAAGAGAAGUAUUCUGGGAUAUGCCUAUAAAUUAGAAGAAUGUUGAGGAAGUGUUUAGAGAGAAAAUUGGACUUAAAAUCCAAGCCAGAGAAGAAUUUGUGGAGUAUCAAUUGAAAUUAAUAUUUUGAACCUCUUGGAAUUCAUAGUUCUAAGCCUAGAAAUACAAGUCCAGCAACUACAUGCAAUUGCUCCUAAGCAGUGAAAUUCGAAUUAAAGCAUGUGUUAGUGAAAAUUCUGGAAGUGUUUAUGUGGUGGUCAUUCUUGAUUUGCUUGUUUUCUAAUGUUAAAAGUACAAUUGCUCCUGAAUAGAGAUAACAUCAAACAUUGUGCUUAAUGCUUGCUUGGUUUUGUUUGUCAUUAUAGCUAUCUCCAGGUAGUGGGAAUUAUUUUGGAAGGGGUGGGGAAGUGAAAGUCAGUAGUGCUGUGGGACUAUUUUGCACUGGAGGGGUAUGUAUGUAUACUUCAAUCCCUGUAAUAAAAAAGCUGCUUUUGAGUAA